CGAACCCACACUACCUACGUGGUUCGUCCCAGCGCUUCCGUUUUCCAGCGUAACGCACGGGGUUUGACCAUUAGAGAAACAGAGGAAGAGAGACAGAGAGAGGGGACGGAUAGAGAAAGAGAGCGAGGGAGGAGGUGAUUGUGCUUCUUUUCUCGAGGAAUACUAGACAGAGCCUCCGAAUGCGUGCGAACUGCCAUUAGUGCAAGUCCAUCACUACCACCAGAAGAACGAUUCUCGUUUUUAAUCGAUCUGGAUGAAGAUUUUUGCCUCACUGAGGACGUAGAGGAAAUCCAUGGGUUCACCGAGCAGAAUCCCGUGAGCUUCACGCUUGGAAUAUAUUUGACAUUCAAAGGGAAGUUCGCUAUCAAACCGCGAGUAUUUGGAACUGCUACGAGCUUAUUGUACCGUUUCAGGGAUUCGCAAAACUGCAUCGGAAUUUAAGGCCUCGCGGUGGAAGUAGUUCACAGGCCCUUCUGACAUGGCGGACAGCGAAGACACCUUUCGACUCCAAAACUCUCCCAGUGACACUGAUUCAAAAGAUGUACAAAACGACGGUAAAUCAGACAAGCAGAAUGGAGCCGCUAGCAAAUCCCCGUCAUCACAGACAACCUACAUUCAACAGGGAAUGGAAGGGAUAAAAGUUUACUUACACGAGCGAGAGUUGUGGACAAAGUUUCAUGAAGUGGGAACUGAAAUGAUCAUCACCAAAGCAGGGAGGCGGAUGUUCCCAAGCUUCAAAGUGAAGGUCACCGGGUUGAACCCAAAAACCAAAUACAUUCUCCUGAUGGAUGUUGUGCCAGCCGAUGACCACCGCUAUAAAUUCGCCGAUAACAAAUGGUCUGUGACGGGGAAAGCAGAACCUGCCAUGCCGGGAAGGUUGUACGUCCAUCCGGAUUCUCCGGCCACUGGCGCACACUGGAUGCGGCAACUGGUGUCUUUCCAGAAGCUUAAACUGACAAACAACCACCUCGAUCCCUUUGGACAUAUCAUCCUGAAUUCCAUGCAUAAAUAUCAACCCAGGAUCCACAUCGUGAAGGCAGAUGAAAAUAACGGAUUUGGAUCCAAAAACACCGCUUUCUGCACUCAUGUGUUUCCAGAAACGGCGUUCAUUGCAGUCACGUCUUACCAAAACCAUAAGAUCACCCAGCUGAAGAUCGAGAACAAUCCUUUCGCAAAGGGCUUUCGUGGAAGCGACGAUAUGGAGCUGCAUCGCAUGUCAAGAAUGCAGAGCACCAAGGAGUACCCGGUGGUCCCUCGCAGUACUGUACGCCAGCGGGUCGGCACCAGCCAGAGUCCGUUUGGCGGAGAUGUCCAAGGUCUCUCUACUCCCAGUGGCAUGAGCUCCCAGUAUUCCUGUGAGAACGGGGUCACGAGCACAUCGCAGGAUCUGCUGCCUCAGUCCCAGUCCUCUUACCCACUGCCCCACGAACACGGCCAGGACUAUCACUGCAUCAAGAGGAAAGCUGAGGACGACUGUCACGCAGGAGAGCACUCGUACAAGAAGACCUACGUGGAAAGCUCAUCCAGCGAGGAUGAUCACUACUACCGGCCCGUGAGCUACUCUCAGUCUCUGGGUCUCAGCGGCGCCCCCUACAGGGCCGAGUCUGGCCAGCGGCAGGCGUGCAUGUAUGCCAGCGCGUCACAAUCCACUGAGCCCGUGCCCAGCCUGGAAGACAUCAGCUGCAACACCUGGGCGGGGGUCUCGCCGUACGGCGGCUGCUCCGUGACCACCAUGCAGCAGAUGGAGCGGCUACCCUAUCAGCACUUCUCUGCUCAUUUCACCUCAGGACCGCUGGUGUCCAGAUUGAGCGGCGUCGCAGGCCACGCCUCACCGCAGCUGGGCGACACCCACGCCAUGUACCAGGGUUCAAUGCCUCAUCAGCCGCUGGGCCGCCAGUGCAGUCCAAGCGCGGGAAUCCAGUCGCCGACCGCCGGCCUGCAGGGCAACGAGUACUUGUACACUCACGGUAUCCCUCGCACCCUCUCCCCGCACCAGUACCACGCCGUGCACAGCGUCAGCAUUAUGCCCGACUGGAAUGAAGGCAGCUAACUGGAUCCCCAACAUGGAGGAGAGGCGCUUUCCUGCAUAUUUAUAUGUUUUAUAUCUACGCUGCCUUGUGAGACUCAUAAAUAUCGGAGGCCAGUUCAACUGGCUAAGGCAGCACUGAACGUCUCUGUGUUUGAGCAGGGCAUUUUUGCAUGAUACUGACUGAAUAUCAGGGACAAAGAACUUUUCCCUUUCAAUGCAAGGACAAAUGCACAAAGAUGCCAACCGACAAACCUUAUUAAAAAAAGAUGGCAAAGUAAUUGAGGGGGGAAGAAAAUCCAGUUUUAUAGUAUUUUUUCCAUUUCAUUGUUUGAGUUGUUUUUGACUUUGUACUUUUGAAAGUAUGAGGUUAUAUGUUAUAGAACAAGUCUUUGGGAUCUUAUCUGUAGAAAAACAAAACAUGAAACCUUCUUCUGGUCAGUGAGCACCAUUUGUCUCUCAAAUCACGGUAGAAGUGCUGAUUUUUACUUGGUGAAGACUAAAACAUUUUGGUGAUGCAGAUUUUGUUCAGGGAUAUAUUACAAGUUUUAAAGCAAUCUUUUAUGUAUCUUUGUGUCUCUAAACUACCAGUAAGUCCAUGAUGCAAAACAUCAGUAAAAUUAAUUUGAUAAAUGAGCACUUUUUGCUAAACGGUUAGCUGGAAAUAAAGCACAACACUCAAUACAAGCUAAAAUACAAUAGACUGGUAGUUCAAUAGUACUAUAAGCUAGUUAUCACUGACAUACUGGCCCCAGUAUCUCUGUAAGAACACAGACAACUAAAAAUGCUUUAGAGUUAUUCUAGAACAUCUAAGAUACAAUAUUGUUUUUGAUUUACAUGCAACAUGUAGUACCUUAACAAACGGUAUGGAAAUGUUUAUUUUUGGACACGCAGAUUUUUUUUUCCUGUUAAUAGUAUUUAUUUUUCUUGUAUUAUAAAACUUCAUGUUACUUUACCUUAAAGGCCAUUUGCUAGAUUGACAUUUUGACAUUUGUUUUUUCAGUACUUUGAGUUUUGUAGUCAAACUUUCCUUUAAGCUAAAAAAAAAAAAAAAAAAAAAAAAAAGAUGGGGGGGAUACAGAGAAAAAGAUAAUCGGACUGGUUUAAAAUUUUGAAUGCAUACAAAAAAAACUGUCAAAAACAUACAAACAUGCUGUACAUACAACAAAAUGUACAUAGAAAACAGAAUAAAUGUAAAAGAUUCUUCCUUGAA